CUAAAUCUAUCCUUCCUGACAUGCAAUUGGUUUUUCCCCAGAAAACAUUGACUUAGAUUACUGGAAAAAAGACGAAGAAAAAGGCAGUGAAUUUUGAUGAACACUCAGGAGAAUAGUGGAAGCAGCAGAUAUACAAUGACUGCUCCUCCGACGGAACACAGCGCCGCCGCCGCCAAUGAGGACGAAGAAGCCGACAGUCUAUUGAUGCUGCCGCUGGACGUGGAAGCGAGCCUAGCCGCCGACGACGGAGAGAUGGAGGCGCCGCCAUUCUCGUGGAAGAAGCUGUGGCAGUUCGCCGGGCCGGGGCUGCUGAUGAGCGUGGGGUUUCUGGACCCGGGGAACCUGGAGGGGGAUUUGCAGGCGGGGGCCAUCGCCGGGUACUCGCUGCUGUGGCUGACGAUGUGGGCGACGGCGGUGGGGCUGCUGAUCCAGCUGCUGUCGGCGCGGCUGGGCGUCGCGACGGGGAAGCACCUGGCGGAGCUGUGCAAGGAGGAGUACCCGUAUUGGGCGGCGCUGCUGCUUUGGUUGAUGGCAGAGGUGGCGCUGAUCGCCGCCGAUAUUCAAGAGGUGAUCGGCAGCGCUAUUGCGAUCAAGAUUCUCAGCCGCGGCUUUUUGCCGCUUUGGGCCGGCGUUUUAAUUACAGCCUCCGAUUGUUUUGGCUUUUUAUUUCUUGAGAGUUAUGGAGUGAGGAAACUUGAAGCUGUUUUUGCUUUUCUCAUUUCAAUGAUGGGCCUAUCUUUUGCUUGGAUGUUUGUUGACACGAAGCCGAGUGGGAAGAAACUAGGAAUAGGUCUUUUAGUUCCAAAACUUAGCUCGAAAACGAUACAACAGGCUGUGGGAGUUGUGGGUUGUAUCAUCACGCCGCACAAUGUGUAUUUGCAUUCUGCCUUGGUACAGUCCAGGAAGGUUGAUCCAAACAAGAUUGGUCAGGUCAAAGAGGCCCUCAAUUAUUUCUCAAUUGAGUCCUCGUUCGCUCUUCUUGUCUCUUUUGUCAUCAACUUGUGUGUGACAUGCGUCUUUGCUGUGGGAUUCUAUGGUUCCAAACAAGCUGAUGUUGUAGGCCUCGGAAAUGCAGGGCAGUAUCUUCAAGAGAAGUAUGGUGGAGGAUUGUUCCCAAUUCUAUAUAUCUGGGGCAUUGGCUUAUUGGUGGCUGGCCAAAGCAGCACCAUAACUGGCACAUACGCUGGGCAGUUUAUCAUGGGAGGGUUUCUUGACCUUCACAUGAAGAAAUGGAUGAGAUCACUGAUAUCACGAAGUUGUGCCAUUGUGCCAACCAUAAUUGUGGCCCUUGUUUUCAAUCGAUCUGAUGCUACGUUGGAUGCUCUCAAUGAAUGGCUUAAUGUGCUUCAGUCAAUGCAAAUUCCUUUUUCUCUUAUCCCUCUUUUUACCUUGGUGUCUAAGGAGCAGAUCAUGGGGGUGUUUAAGAUCGGACCUAUUGUUGAGAGGACUGUGUGGACUGUGACCGGGCUGGUAAUGGUGAUCAAUGGGUAUGUUUUGUUGGAUUUCUUCCUCUCCAAUAUUGAGGGACUACUACUUAGUUGUUUGGUCUGUGCUGGAAGCGUCGGCUACAUCUCUUUCAUUUUUUAUCUCAUUUCAUAUGGAAAUGCGGCCCAACCUUCUUACUGGUUUAGCCUGAUUAGAAAUGACGAUAAAUAUGAUCACACCAAGAAUGAACUUCAUUGACGUGCCUAAAUAUUGGCCUCACGGUGAAUGGAGCUAUCUAUGCAUUCAGCCUACCUAGUUUUUUUCUCCAAGAAGUUGACGACGAUGCAUCCUUGGUUUCCACUUAAAGGACGGAGGUGGCAGUUUGCAACAACAUAUGUAGAAGUUUGAUUGUUUUCUUCUUUGUUUCCAGGUAGAUUUUAGAGUAAAUUACUUUUUUGUACAUGUCAAUGAUGUGCUCUACAUUGGAUGUCGCUUUAUCCCUGCCAAAGAAAAAAAUUAUGUAGAUA